AUGCAUCUAGGUAUUGACAACAGACAAUCCACUGAUUAUACAGAUACUGACAACAGACAAUCCACUGAUUAUAAAGGUACUGACAACAAACAAUCCACUGAUUAUACAGGUACUGACAACAAACAAUCCACUGAUUAUACAGGUACUGACAACAAACAAUCCACUGAUUAUACAGGUACUGACAACAGACAAUCCACUGAUUAUACAGACAACAGACAAUCCACUGAUUAUACAGGUACUGACAACAGACAAUCUAUUGAUUAUACAGGUACUUGGAACAGACAAUCCACUGAUUAUACAGACAACAGACAAUCCACUGAUUAUACAGAUACUGACAACAGACAAUCCACUGAUUAUACAGACAACAGACAAUCCACUGAUUAUACAGGUACUGACAACAGACAAUCCACUGAUUAUACAGGUACUUGGAACAGACAAUCCACUGAUGAUACAGACAACAGACAAUCCACUGAUUAUACAGGUACUGACAACAAACAAUCAACUGAUUAUACAGGUACUGACAACAGAAAAUCCACUGAUUAUACAGAUACUGACAACAGACAAUCCACUGAUUAUACAGACAACAGACAAUCCACUGAUUAUACAGGUACUGACAACAGACAAUCUAUUGAUUAUACAGGUACUUGGAACAGACAAUCCACUGAUUAUACUGACAACAGACAAUCCACUGAUUAUACAGGUACUGACAACAAACAAUCCACUGAUUAUACAGAUACUGACAACAGACAAUCCACUGAUUAUACAGACAACAGACAAUCCACUGAUUAUAUAGGUACCGACAACAGACACUCCACUGAUUAUACAGAGACUGACAACAGACAAUCCACUGAUUAUACAGGUACUGACAACAAACAAUCCACUGAUUAUACAGGUACUGACAACAAACAAUCCACUGAUUAUACAGAUACUGACAACAGACAAUCCACUGAUUAUACAGGUACUGACAACAGACAAUCCACUGAUUAUACAGAUACUGACAACAGACAAUCCACUGAUUAUACAAGUACUGACAACAGACACUCCACUGAUUAUACAAGUACUGACAACAGACAGUCCACUGAUUAUACAAGUACUGACAACAGACAAUCUACUGAUUAUACAGGUACUGACAAUAGACAAUCCACUGAUUAUACAAGUACUGACAACAAACACUCCACUGAUUAUACAGGUACUGACAACAGACAAUCCACUGAUUAUACAGGUACUGACAACAGACAAUCCACUGAUUAUACAGGUACUGACAACAGACAAUCCACUGAUUAUACAGGUACUGACAACAGACAAUUCUUAACUGUACUGGCACAAUGA